AUGUCUGGCAUCGUCCGUUGCUGGGGUUGGGGCGAGUUUGGUCAGCUGGGGGACGGACGAGCGCUGGAUAGCCUGUAUCCUGUGCGUGUUGCCCAAAUCGAACGGGCCGAUGCCAUCUGCUCGGGUGCUCUCCACAGCUGUGCCGUAGAAAGCGGACGGGUGAAAUGUUGGGGUUGGGGUGAGCGCGGGCAGCUGGGCAUGUUCAACGGAACCCGGCGUUCGGAGAAUUCCGCCGUGCCUGUGACUGUAGAGGGGCUCGAGGAUGCUACGGAGGUCGCAUGUGGCUACCAGCAUGCCUGUGCUCUACAUGGGCCAGACAGCAAUCAGACAACUACCUGCUGGGGAGAGGGAGUUGACUUGCAGCUGCAAAGACACGACGAGAUCUGGACAAAGACAGCACGCCGUGUCAUGCGCCUCGAUGAGAUUCUGCAGUUUAGUGGACCCCUCCCGACGGCUCCUAUGAAGUCUGUAUGGUGA